AUGGCACCGCGUCGAUUGGAGAGGGCGAAGACGUUCGCGGAAAGCGGGCGUCCCGACUUGGCGACCGGCUUCUCCUUCUCCUGCACGUCGCUGGCAAACUGUCAGGAGGCGUCGCAUCCGAAAAGUGAAGCCGCCCGGAAACGCGAGCAGUUCAAGUCCGGUCAGGUGCGUAGCGUCAGCGCCCCGCCAAGAAAACGCUGGUUCCGAAAAGAAACACCACUAUCGGAGGUGGAAGCGCCCGUACCGGGCCUACUAUGCGAUGAGAUCACGAAACGACUGAUCGGGGCGAUCGCUUGGUGGCACGAUAUUCACAGCAAUCUGCUGCAGCUCAGUUUUGAAGAAUCCGCAGAAUCGCUAUGCCCAUCCUCUGCCUCGUCGGUGAGCUCGAUCUCAUUUGAGGAUGUGGAAGAUCGGGUCUUGAGUGAUGAGGAAGAGCAAGAGGCUCAUUAUCACGCUCUGGAUGAUGCUUCGGAUUUGCGAAAAAGCGCACGUCAGAGCCUUUCGAGUCCUGACAUCACGGCCACCCAACUCGAUGACAUGUUUCCCCAGCUGUCCGAGUAUUGGAGGUUAUUUUUAAUGGGUUAUUUCGCUCAA